CGCCAGGGUUUCUCGGGCAACUGCAGUCAUGGCGGCGACUGCCCCCAGUGCGGGCGCCUCCGCGCCUGAGGCGGCGGGUUCCGCCGAAGCCCCGCUGCAGUACAGCCUUCUCCUGCAAUACCUGGUGGGCGACAAGCGUCAGCCCCGGCUCCUGGAGCCCGGCAGCCUGGGCGGGAUCCCGAGCCCGACCAAGAGUGAGGAACAGAAGAUGAUCGAGAAGGUGAUGGAAAGCUGUGCCUUCAAGGCAGCGCUGGCCUGCGUGGGAGGAUUUGUCUUGGGAGGUGCGUUUGGGGUGUUCACUGCCGGCAUUGAUACCAAUGUGGGCUUUGACCCUAAGGAUCCUUACCGUACGCCGACAGCAAAGGAAGUUCUUAAAGACAUGGGACAGAGAGGAAUGUCCUACGCCAAAAAUUUUGCCAUUGUGGGCGCCAUGUUUUCUUGCACUGAGUGUUUGGUAGAAUCCCACCGGGGAAGGUCAGAUGGGAGGAACAGCAUCAUUAGUGGCUGCAUCACGGGGGGAGCCAUCGGUUUCAGAGCUGGCUUAAAGGCCGGGGUCAUUGGGUGUGGAGGUUUUGCUGCUUUCUCUGCUGCCAUUGAUUAUUACCUACGGUGAGAGUUCCUGCCUCCAGGGAAGGAUGCUGCCAGCCCAGCAUCAGAGCUGCUCUGUGGAGGCCAGUUUUGUCCCACUGCAGGGCCCUCGCUUCAGAGACCGCAGACCCUUGUUUUCCCUCCUACUGUUGGUGUCGUGAGGGAGCCACCUGGCUGCCGCCUGCCUCCACCUCUGAGGAGCCACAUUCUCUGCUCCUGGGUUCCCGCCACGCUGUGUGGGGGAUGUGCCAUGCCAACCUCUCUCGGGCAGAUCAGGAGUGUGGUGACUGGUAGGAAUGAAGUUCCCUAAGGGUUCCGUCCCGACCACGGCUGGCCCUCCGGUGGUUCUGUGCGGUGGGACCAGAGGUGACUGGACACGUACCAGGAAGCUCGUGUACUUCGGAACUCCACGCGGUCGUCCGUCCCACAUGGCAGGGCAGAGUAAAUGUAGACUGGCCAACCCAUCAUGUCAUUUUGUUUAGUGUUCUGCGAUCUUUGUUUAAAAAGUUAGAUUAUAGUUUAAAAGGUUGGUUGGUUUUUCGGGGGGAGGAACAGUGACAGCGUGGUCCCAUCCCCUCCUCCUCCACUUCCCAUUACGAACAAUAAAGGCUUUUCAUACCA